AUGGCAGCGUUUGUCGCAGGAGUUGAAGGAGGGGGUACCAACACGUGCGUGAUGAUUUACGACGCGGAGGCGCGACUACUGGCGGAGAUGCGUUCGGCCGACACGUCCAACUUGUAUGCGAGUAUCAGCGAGAGAAACGAACCAGAGGUUGGCGUGGACGGCGUCGUGAAGGUGGUGGGUGCGUUGCUCCGAGAUGGACUCGCUUCGGCGGGUUGCGGAGACGCCAAGCUUGCCGUUGUUGGCAUGGCCAUGUCCGGAGUGGAAGAAGAGAAAGCCCAGAAGGAGUUGACAAAUGCGUUCAAGGCCUCCUCGUUCGGCCCCAUGGCGAAUGACAUCUACGUGGACAACGAUACCGUGGGCUCGCUGUAUGCAGCAUUUCCUGACGGAGGAGUUGCUUUGAUUGCGGGCACGGGUUCCAACAGCCUGCUUGUGAAUCCGGACGGAUCAAGUUUCCAGUGUGGCGGCUGGGGCUGGCGUCUCGGCGACGAGGGCUCGGGGUAUUCAGUGGGCUACGCGGCCGUCAAACGGUGCCUGGGCCACUUGGACCAGGGCUUCGAAGAAAGUCCUUAUCCCGUGGAGGCCACGUGGAAUGCCGUCAAGACGAAGCUUGGAAUUGAGUGCCUGAAGGACCUCAUCACUUACUUCUACGGGCCAGACUUCAAGAAGGCGACUGUGGCCGGAAUUUGCGAGGUCGUGUGUCGAUUGGCACGUGAAGACGGCGACGAGCUCUGCAAGGCCAUCAUGUCCGACUGCGGCUUCAAUAUUGGACGGCACGUGAGAGCGCUGGCCAGCAAGGUCGACCCGAGCUUGUUGAAAGGUGCAGGCGGACUAGGGAUACUUUGUGUUGGCAGCGUGUUCAAGUCGUUUGAUUUACUCAAAGGCGGAUUUCUGAGGGCACUUGGCUGUGAUGGACAAGGGGACACACCCGUGUUGUCCGAGUGGACGUUGUACACUCUGCGACAAUCGGCAGCUGGUGGAAUUGCGUAUUUGGCGGCAAAAAAGGCGGGUUUGCGUUUCCCCUACGAUUUUGACUCUGCCAAGACCGUCUUGUAUCAUCACAGAGGAGCCUGAAUGAUUGAUUCGUGCCCUUGAUAUUUGAUCGCUUCUGUAUUUGUCUCUUUUUCCCCCUUUUGGAAAGAGUAUUUAUUUUUCUAAAUCUGUAUUCCUCGAAAUCGUGACGAGUCCACGGCGAGUUGUUGUUAUUCUCGGAGUGCGCAGCUGGGUUGACUGUUCGCGAACAAUCGUAGAUCGAGUAAAGCAUUACGGUUAUAGACGCGGUAUGGGUGUAAUGACUUCCAUAUUGCCCCAAGCCCC